CAGAAUAUUCCGGCGGCGGAAUUAUCCCCAGCUGAAACUAACAGUAGUCAAGUAGUGAUUCCGAUGCGGCCGCAUUACAUUCCGGGCCAUGGUAAUUACGCAACGAAACCCUACCCGCCUGGAUACCGGUUCGCGCCGAAAGACACAGAGCUGAUUGUCGAUUAUCUGCUGAAGCGGAUCCGAGACGAGUAUAUCCCCGUACCGGAAAUCAGCAACGUCAAUCUUUACCAGGCCAAUCCUCAGACACUGGGAGCUAUCUAUCCUAAACUUGGAGAAAAUGAGUGGUAUUAUUUUACGCCGAGGGACCGAAAGUACAAAAACGGGUCCCGCCCUAGUCGAUCUGCAGGCACCGGUUAUUGGAAAGCAACUGGUUCCGAUAAAUCUAUUUGUUCUUCCAACGGCGAAAUUGUUGGUUACAAGAAAUCGCUAGUCUUCUACGAAGGAAAACCGCCAGCUGGCACCAAGACUAACUGGAUCAUGCAUGAGUACAGAUCUAACGAACCCUCUCGAGCUCGACCUAGUACCGACAAACUUGACAUGAGGUUGGACGAUUUUGUGCUGUGCCGUGUGUACGAAAAAACGGGUGAACCGGCCGACAAUCCGGUCAAGGAAAAGAGUAACGCUCGUCGUGCGAAUAAGAAAGCUGUUGUGAAAGAAGUUGUUGUUGAAGAAGCUAACGAUAAAAAAGACGAGCAGCCACAACCCGAAGAAGUAGCUGCCUCGGAUUUGCGCAGUGAUAAUACUAGCCAUGAUGCGGCGGCAGCUCUAAACGAGGACCAUCGUUUCGAUUCCGAACUAUACAUUGCCAAAUUCGAUGUGUCUUCCGAAGAAUAUCAAUUUCCGGAAUUCGAACAAAUACUUUCAGAAGACGAAUUGUACCUUGAUUGGCUGCAACUCCAUAACAGCCCUGAUUUUAAUUCUCAGCAGGUGCACCUUGAUUGGCUGCAACUCCCUAACAGCCCUGAUUUUAAUUCUCAGCAGGUGCAUUGUAACGAUAUUUACGACGGGUCUCGUUUUUUUUCUUCUGACGGUGAUUUGAGCUCUACUUUUAAUCGGAGCAUGCCAAAUAAGCGGAAUUUGGACAGCAUGCAAAACAAUGGAAUUUCGGAGAGCAUGCAAAAUAAUUGGAAUCCGGGCAUCAUGCAAAAUAAUUGGAAUCCGGGCAGCAUGCAAAAUAAUUGGCAUCCGGGCAGCAUGCCAAGUAUCAUGCCAAAUAUUCCGCAUCCGGGCAGCAUGCCAAAUAUUCCGCAUCCGGGCAGCAUGCCAAAUCCACAUUACAAUUCAAACGAUCAUCGGGCGGCUUAUGCUAACCAUUUUCGACAACAUCGGGGGCAUAACUUUGGCAUGCAUGCGCAGAAUACGGGGAAUAUUGCCCCUCAAUUGCCAAAUAUUUACGGAGAAAACCUAAACGGGAAAAAUAUUCAACAUGGUCACUUAAGCAGCGGGGGCAACAACUUUGUUCCCCCGCCGGGGGUUGGUUCGACUACUUACAACACUGAUUAUCAUCCGAGGAAAAAAGCUCGAUCUAAUAGUGGUUUGGAGUUGAGGUAGUGCUUUAGGAACUAGUAGUUAGCGUUUUCGUUUUUUCGUUUUCGGGACUUUUUUUUCUUUCUGGAGUUUGUGACAACAUGUUGUUGUUGGUAUAUGUGAUGUAACUGGGAGGUUUGAGCAAAGUUCGAACUCCAUGCUCCCCAUAUUGUGGGGGAGAGAUUAAUACCAUUUACCUUAGUGAUUAAUAUUUUCAAGUAUAUUUA